AUGGUAUUGGUGCGUGGCUUACUUCUUGUGGUGUUGGCGAUCCUGGCAUUGGUACAGGCAGGCGUUCUUAAGAAUUCACCCGAAAAUGCUGCUCGACUAAGAAACUUGCGACCGGAUGAGCUGGCGGAGGAACUGAGUGGUCAGUUUGAGGGAGAUAUGGUACUGAGUGAGGAGCAGGAACGUUCCAUACUGGGCAACAAGCGCAAUGGACUGAUUGCGUCUACCUUCCGCUGGCCGGGAAAUACCGUACCUUAUGAGAUCGUGGAGGAAGACUUUACACCGGAACAGAUCGCACACAUCAAGCGAGGCCUUCGACAGAUCGAAUCGGUCACCUGCCUUCGGUUUGUGACGCGCACGGAAGAGACGGACUUUGUGCGUGUGAUCGGUACCGGAUCGGGAUGCUACUCCUCCGUCGGACAUCGUGGCGGCGCUCAAACGCUUAACCUCGAGCCGUACGAUCCGGACACCGGGUGCUUCCGGUUGGCAACGAUCGUGCACGAGUUUAUCCAUGCGCUUGGCUUUUACCAUCAGCAGAGCGCUAGCGAUCGAGAUCAGUUCGUGGAGAUCGUGUGGGACAACAUUGAGGAGGGCAAGGAGCAUAACUUUAACAUCUACGAUGCGAACACGAUAACGGACUUUAACGUGGUGUACGAUUAUGGCAGUGUGAUGCAUUACGGGCCGACCGCUUUCAGCAAGAAUGGAGAGAAAACGAUCGUACCGAAGGAUCCAAAUGCUACGAUCGGGCAGCGGGUUGGCAUGAGCGAGCGGGACAUCUCCAAGCUGAACCACAUGUACAGGUGUUUGGGUAAGGAUUAG